AUGUCCUCGACCAAUUCCGACACACACGAUCAUGGACCACCUACGACGACGACGAACACGACCACCACCACCACCCUCACCAACCUAGAUCCCAACUCCCUCACCAACCGAGCCUCUUCUUUCCCUAGGAUAGCGAAAUGGAGCACCUCAUGGUCCCCAGCUGCCGUCAACUCCUUCUCCGGUGCCAUGGCCGGCAUGGCUAGCGGCAUCGUCACCUGCCCACUCGAUGUCAUCAAAACCAAGCUCCAAGCCCAAGGUUCCUUCCGGGCUCGAAGCGUCCUCGCAGAGGGUGUCCGACCCGCCGCCAUGUAUCAAGGCAUGCUCGGCACGGCGCGGAUAAUCUACACCCAGGAUGGUCUACGAGGGAUGUAUCGAGGUCUGGGACCGAUGUUGCUCGGAUACCUACCCACCUGGGCCGUCUACAUGUCCGUCUACGACAGCAGCCGAGAGUACUGGUACACCCACGGCUACGGCGAACAGGACCGCGACAAAUGGCUCGCCCGAGUAUACGCCUCCCUCACGGCCGGCGCCUGCAGCACCCUAGCCACCAACCCUAUCUGGGUGAUCAAGACCCGGCUGAUGUCGCAGGUCUCGCGGACCGCCUCCAAAGAAGCCCGCACGCCCUGGCACUACGCCAACACCUUCGACGCCGCGCGCAAGAUGUACCGCGCCGAAGGCAUCGGGGCCUUCUACUCCGGGCUCGCCCCGGCCCUGCUCGGCCUCACCCACGUCGCGAUCCAAUUCCCGCUCUACGAAUACUUCAAGCAGCAGUUCACCGGCGUCGAGAUGGGCGCGACCCCGGACAAGAAGGGCGAAGCCGGCAAGAACACCCUCGGCAUCCUCGCCGCCACCUUCCUCUCCAAAGUCUGCGCCACCUCCGCCACCUACCCGCACGAAGUCGUGCGCACCCGCCUGCAGACCCAACAGCGGCACUGGCGGCCGCACUACCGCGGCGUGCUGGACACGUGCCGCACGAUCCUCCGCGAGGAGGGCUGGCGCGCCUUCUACAACGGCAUGGGCACGAACAUGAUCCGCGCCGUGCCCGCGGCCAUGACGACCAUGCUGACGUACGAGAGCAUCAAGGGCUGGAUCGGACGCCUGCAGGAGGAAGGGCAGGCGCUGACCGACGCGGAGACGGACGGCGGGAGGAUAUGA